GUGAGGCUUGGCACUCUAGUCCCCCUUACCAAGGACAAUGCUGGCUCAUAUCAAGCGUCCCCAUAUUCCAGGGGUCCAAUGUAGUCGGGAGGGACCAUUUGGUUGUCGUCGACAAGAGGAUCAGCCGCAAGCAUCUGAGUCUCCACACCUCCAUUGAUGGCUCCAUUGAAGUAGUAGUGGAAGGUCCAAACCCUAUAAUGGUGCGAUCGAAGGGGCAGAGGUUGAAGGUUUGUGCUAAAGAGAGAGCCAAGAUUGCACAUGGCGAUGUCCUGGAACUGAUUCCUGGUGACUAUUUUGUGAAGUAUGUGGACAUGGGUGAUGAACAUAAAAGUUAUGUACCAAUGCAUUUGAGCGACUUAAAGAAGGGUAAGAGGCAUAGUGAGGAAGAUAGUGUAGCAGUCAAGAGGAAUAGACAGAUUAUGGAAGAUGAGGCUUUGGCAAGAACACUACAGGUCAGGUUGAUUGGAUCGGUUCCUGGUUAUCAUGUGGGCCCCAAUAUUAGAAGGUGGGGCCAUAUGAAGCUUAGGAAUGUUCUCGAUGAAAUCACGUUUGAUAAACAAUUUUGCGAGUCCCCUCUGAUUUAUCAGAUAUUUGAAAUUAAGGAAUAA